CUGACGUCAUUUAUGUUUGAUUUUCCAAUUCCCGACAGCCCGGAAGGCUUCACGACUAACGACCGCACUCGCUGUUACGGACUACUUUACAAACAAAAACAACAGCAGCGGUUUCGCUAAAUUAAAAUAUCUUUUCAAAAUGUCAAACGUCGGCCCAGAAGGAAGCAACAAGCGCCUGCAGCAAACUCAGGCCCAGGUGGAUGAAGUAGUGGAUAUUAUGCGCGUUAAUGUCGACAAAGUGCUGGAACGGGAUCAGAAGCUGUCCGACCUGGAUGACAGAGCAGAUGCUCUGCAGGCCGGGGCCUCCCAGUUUGAGACCAGUGCUGCUAAACUGAAAAGAAAGUACUGGUGGAAGAACUGCAAGAUGUGGGCCAUCUUGAUAGCUGUUAUAGUCAUCAUUGUCAUCGCCAUUAUUAUCUGGGCCUGCUCAUCAUAAACCAGCAACGGGAUGAAGAGGAGUGGAGGUAAAAUGAAGACGAGUGGGGCAAUGUGCAUACUUCAAGUCUCAGAGGAAGGAAUCAGAUAAACACAAAAUUCACCUCUCCAGUGUCUUUAUUCCUCAUCAUGGUGUGUGUGUGUGUGUGUGCGUGCGUGCUUGUUUUGUUUUCUUGUUGGGUCUGACUAAAGGGUUGCCAUGCUUAUUCUUUACCAGCAUUAAUGCAUCACAAAACAAAUACAUGCCCCUAUAUGCCAAAGAACACUUGGAUACAUAUGUAAUAAAUCCUUUAAAUAAUCUGUGUUGUACAAUAACACACACACACACACACACACACACAUUCCAUCCUUAAGACAAGAAGUAUAUAGUAUUGUUAACUUUUACAGAUGAUUAUAUAUUAAUAAUCACUAAUACUGUGUGCCAGGCACAUAACUGUGCCUUUGAAGAUGUUCUGUUAAAUAUGGCCCUAUGUUUCACACAGUGGGCUUUUGUUGCUUUUCAGAGUUUACACUUCUAUUUUGAUAUUUCCUCUCAUUUUAAAGCCUGCGUGCUUUGCAAACUAUUUCAGUUGCCUGGUAAAGAUGUAGGGUUCAAUACCUUACUGCACUUUUGCACCAGGUGCUCAUUCACUCACUUGUAGAGUACAAAAAUGAAAAGAGGCAUUUCACAUUUGGACUGCCAAAUCACACACACAUCUGUAUUUAUUGUCCUCCUGAUGUUGUUGCUCCCUCUUGCUGCAAAGCUAGAGUGACAUGUUUUAGAAAAGUGCCAAGAUCAAACAGCCUCAAAAUGUCAAAAUAAUAUGAAUAAAAAAAGCUAAAAUGAUGUCUUAUUCUCAAGAAUGUCUGAAAGGUUUUUUGUGUAAUGCUGAAGCAGAACAGUUUAAGAUAAUGUAGUCUUCGACAAUGUAAAGUUUCUCCACUGGAGGACUUCAAAUACAGCCAUACCUUUACAGACUAGUGAGAGUUGAGCCAUCUGAAUUCUCAGUGUUCAUAUAAUCUGCCCCUUCUGCCAGCUUAACAUCACCUCUAAUAAACUCCUCUGUUCAUUCACACUAGCAAUGACUCCAUUUGAAUCAUAAAAGAUCUCAGUUUCUGUAUAAAAUUGCUUUAUUUGCAUCCUGUAAAAAUGAAAUUAUUUGUUAUUUGGCUGGGGUGAUUAGUAUUUUGUGGUGCUCAUCUCGCUACUGCUGAAUAAAAGAAGUGAGUGUGCAGAGUUUGGGGCUGUUGACAUUGUAAUAUGUGCUAAAACAACACUGGACUAGAAAUUUUGUUUUUGUAAUUUUCAAACAGCCAUUUGUUACUAGAUUUUGCAGUGCUUCCAUAUUUACAUAAAACUAAAUGCUAACUAAUAUAUGGUGAUUUUUAGACAGUCUUGAGCUAGGCCAUUAAAGUGCAUGUACAGAUUGCAAUUAGUGGGCUAUAUCAACUUUCCAUUUUUGUUUGUUUAUGCAAAAUAAGAUGUGGCCUUUUCAUUUUAAUCGUUAUUCCUACCUUCUAGAAAUGUAUGUGGGAAAUAAAGUGCAUGUGUACUCUUUGGUCCCCAAAAAUUUUCCUUAAAUAAAAUUGAUUAAAUUUA